AUGUGCAUCGCGCUCCAUCUUCUCCACUGUCAAUUCUGGAGACUUUUCAUCCAGUUGAACUGGAAUAGCUUUGAUGCAAUGAUACAAGAGCUGACUAUUAAUGUUGUGGUUUUCAUAACAAAUUUACUUGUUCUCAAGCGUGUUAAUGACCGUGUGAAUAUAUCAUCAAUUGAAAAACAUAUUGCAAUGCUCGUGGAAGCCCACCAGUAUCAUACAAGAGUUGUAGAAAUGGAGCGCAAGACAUCCAACGUCGCUGUUGAUGGUGAUAAACUACUUUCUCUACCUGCUUCGACUUUUAACAAUUGCGUUCGCCUUUCUGAACCCAAUUAA